CAAAUUCUGGAUGCAGUUAGAGGAUCCUGAGAGGCAGAGUGGCAGGACCUAGUCUGAGCUGUGUCUCUGACUCAUUUUUGACUUCAGGCAAGUUGUUUCAGUGGGAAAAAUGGCAAAGAUGUUCAGUUUCAUACUUGUCACCACCAUUCUGGUAAUGUGCAGGGAAAGCUGGGCUCUUGAGAACUGUCUCCAGGAGCAGGCUCGGCUCAGAGCCCAGGUGCACUUGCUUGAGACGCGGGUCAAGCAGCUACAGGUCAAGAUCACACAGCUUUUGCAUGAGAAGGAAAUCCAGUUCCUUGAUAAAGGAGAGGAGAAUAAUGUCAUUGACCUUGGAGGCAAGAGGCAAUAUGCAGACUGUUCAGAGAUUUUUAAUGAUGGGCAUAAGCGCAGUGGAUUUUACAAAAUCAAACCUCUCCAGAGCCCAGCAAUAUUCUCCGUUUACUGUGACAUGUCUGAUGGUGGAGGAUGGACUGUAAUUCAGAGACGAUCUGAUGGCAGUGAGAACUUUAACAGAGGCUGGAAUGACUAUGAAAAUGGCUUUGGAAAUUUUGUUCAGGAAAAUGGUGAAUAUUGGCUGGGUAAUAAAAAUCUCCACUUACUGACCAUACAAGGAGACUAUACUUUAAAAAUCGACCUUGCAGAUUUUGAAAAAAAUAGCCGUUAUGCACAAUAUAAACUUUUCAAAGUUGGAGAUGAAAAGAAUUCCUAUGAGCUAAAUAUCGGAGAAUAUUCUGGAACAGCUGGAGACUCCCUUGCAGGGAAUCUUCAUCCUGAGGUGCAAUGGUGGGGUAGUCACCAAAGAAUGAAAUUCAGCACACGGGACAGAGAUAAUGACAACUAUGAAGGAAACUGUGCAGAAGAAGAUCAGUCUGGCUGGUGGUUUAACAGGUGUCACUCCGCAAACCUGAAUGGCUUAUACUACCGCGGCCCCUACGUGGCUAAAACGGACAAUGGGAUUGUCUGGCAUACCUGGCAUGGAUGGUGGUAUUCGCUGCAAUCUGUGGUUAUGAAAAUUAGGCCAAAUGAUUUUAUUCCAAAUAUUAUUUAA